AUGGUGGACAGUGAUAAAAAUUCUUCAACUAAAGCAAAUACACUUGAAUUAUCUAUAUGUAAUAGUUCAUUUAUUAUUUCACUUUAUUCACUCAUUGAUGUACUCAAAUGGACACUUCCAGUUAGUCGUAUACUGCAAUCUACAUCACUUGAUUUGGAAAGUGCAAAUUUUGUUAUUCAAGGAGUUAAAGAAGUGUUAAACGAGAACCGAACCAAUUCACAUAAUGUUUUUAAAGAUAUUUUUAUUGAAUCUUCUAAUAUGGCUAAAAGUUUAGGAUUUGAUAUACAAUUACCACGUAUAUCCAAAACACAGAUGAAUAGAGCCAAUUACCCUACUCAAAAUGCAGAGGAUUAUUAUCGCUGGUCAAUUUAUAUACCAUUAUUAGAAGGUGUUCUUGGGGAUAUGAAUACUCGUUUCUGUCCAGAUGUAAUUGGUGCAUUUAAUUUAAGACUGUUAAUCCCUAAAGUAUUUCGUGGAAAAGACAACAAUACUUUGAGUGUAAAAAUACUUGAAGCAAGUAAAAGAUUUUUUCCUCUGCUAUCAUCGGGAUCAAAUAAUACAGCUGAUUUACACUUACAAGGUGAACUUGAACUUUGGUUUAAGUUUUGGAAUAAAAAUAUUGGUGUGUGGAGUGAAGAUCAAUUUCCAUCAACAGCAAUAGAUGCUUUGGGUAAAUGUGAUCCAAAUAUAUUUCCUACAGUAUAUCAGCUUCUAAGUAUAGUUUGUACGUUACCAAUGAGUGUAGCUACAGCAGAACGAAGUUUCUCUACCUUGAGACGGGUAAAAACCUGGCUACGCUCUAGAAUGCAGGAGGAUCGCCUAACUUCGUUAUGUUUACUAAAUGUUCAUAGGGAAGUUGAAAUAAGCAUUGACCAAAUAAUUGACAGAUUUGGAAAAAGUGACAAUGUAAAAAGGCGUUUAGACUUUGUUAUUUAA